GCUGCUUCGGCCAACCUGAGAACGACGAGUUCAGAGUCCCGCACAGUCCCAAGGUCACGACGAUUCCUAUGGUGGAGACUUGCAGACCGAUGUGCCUGGAAACCCAGGAGCAGCGCUUCCAGAUGCGCGAGCAGAGGAAGCGCAGCCAGCUCAUCGACAGGCAGCUACAGGAGGAGAAGAUGGGUUACACGUGUACGCACCGCCUGCUGCUUCUAGGUGCGGGAGAGUCUGGUAAAAGCACCAUUGUCAAGCAAAUGAGGAUUCUGCAUGUUAAUGGGUUUAAUGGAGAUGAGAAGGCCACCAAAGUGCAGGACAUCAAAAACAACCUGAAGGAGGCCAUUGAAACCAUUGUGGCCGCCAUGAGCAACCUGGUGCCGCCCGUGGAGCUGGCCAACCCCGAGAACCAGUUCCGCGUGGACUACAUUCUGAGUGUGAUGAACGUGCCCGACUUUGAUUUCCCUCCCGAAUUCUACGAGCACGCCAAGGCUCUUUGGGAGGACGAGGGCGUCCGAGCCUGCUAUGAGCGCUCCAACGAGUACCAGCUGAUUGACUGUGCCCAGUACUUCCUGGACAAGAUUGAUGUCAUCAAGCAGGACGACUAUGUCCCCAGCGAUCAGGACCUGCUUCGCUGCCGUGUCCUGACUUCUGGAAUCUUUGAGACCAAGUUCCAGGUGGACAAAGUCAACUUCCACAUGUUUGACGUGGGCGGCCAGCGUGACGAACGCCGCAAAUGGAUUCAAUGCUUCAAUGAUGUGACUGCCAUCAUCUUCGUGGUGGCCAGCAGCAGCUACAACAUGGUCAUUCGGGAGGACAACCAGACCAACCGCCUGCAGGAGGCUCUGAACCUCUUCAAGAGCAUCUGGAACAACAGAUGGCUGCGCACCAUCUCUGUGAUUCUGUUCCUCAACAAGCAAGACCUGCUCGCUGAGAAAGUCCUUGCUGGAAAAUCGAAAAUUGAGGACUACUUUCCAGAAUUUGCUCGCUACACUACUCCUGAGGAUGCGACUCCUGAGCCCGGAGAGGACCCACGCGUGACCCGGGCCAAGUACUUCAUCCGCGAUGAGUUUCUGAGAAUCAGCACUGCCAGUGGAGAUGGGCGCCACUACUGCUACCCUCACUUCACCUGCGCUGUGGACACCGAGAACAUCCGCCGUGUGUUCAACGACUGCCGCGACAUCAUCCAGCGCAUGCACCUCCGUCAGUAUGAGCUGCUCUAAGAAGGGAACCCCCAAAUUUAAUUAAAGCCUUAAGCACAAUUAAUUAAAAAUUAAAUGUACACGCAGUUAAUCACCCACCAUAGGGCAUGAUUAACAAAGCAACCUUUCCUCUCCCCCUUGAGUGAUUUUGCGAAACCCCCUUUUCCCUUUCAGCUUGCUUAAAUAUUCCAAAUUUAGAACGCUUAAGGCGGCCUUCAGAUAAAGAAAAAGAAAAAAAGGCCAAAAUGGUUCCCUCUCUCUUUAAGUAACUAAAAUUAACAGCAGCAAACA